AUGUCUGCCAACUUUACCGCCGUCACUGCCCAGGAUGCCUGCCCUCGUGAGUCACGUCACCCAACCAGCUGGAGCUGUCCUUCCCAAGCCAUCCGCGCUAACGGCACAAUCUACGUCUCCGGCCAAAUCCCCGCUGACGCCUCCGGAAACCUCGUCGAGGGUAACAUCGGCACUCUGACCCAAGCCUGCUGCAACAACAUCCAGGCCAUCGUCACCGCUGCCGGAUCUAGCGUUGGAAAGAUCGUUAAGGUUAACGUCUUCCUUACCGAUAUGGCCAACUUCGCUGAAAUGAACGCUACCUAUGAGAAGUUCUUCACUCACAAGCCUGCCCGUAGCUGUGUUGCUGUUAAGCAGUUGCCCAAGGGUGUUCCUGUUGAGAUUGAGUGUAUUGCUCUGGAGUAA